AGAAGGCUCUUUCUUGUGGCGACGCUGUGUGUGGAUUGUGAGACGUAAUAGCGCGCUUAGAUAAUUUGUUGGACAAAUGAGAUCCAUUUCUUGUGUUUGUUUACACGUUCAGGUCGGAGUUUUUUAAGCAUAGACGCAACAGGAGAGACAGACUUGUGCACAUCCACAUCCCGAUCACCAUCAGCACAUCAUUGCCUUGCCGUGCGCCCUCGCCUGCUCUCCCCGUCCCGGGCCCGGCACCAGCCCAACUUGGCGGCCACGCGACGAGACGCUGCACGGUCACACCCCCUCCGGCCAGCCGAGCCGAGCCUCCCGUCCCGCCGCCACCGAUGGUCGCCGUCUUCAACAAGGACGUGCUGAGCUGGUACCUCAUCACCAUCAAGCUCAGGGAGGCCGUCGACGCCAACCUCCAGAAGUCCCCGCCGCCGCCGCAGGAGCAGCAGCAGCGGGGCCUGCCGCUGCCGCUCACGAACGGCGCCGCGCCGCCGCCGCCGCCGCCGCCGCUCCAGCGCCAGCCGGAGCAGGAGCGGGCGCCCCGGUCGCGGGCGCAGUCCCCGGCGCACAGCCCCAAGCCGCAGGACUCGGAAUGGGUGAUCUCCAUCCGCGGGAAGCUGGCGCAGGCGCGCGCCGAGGAGGCGGCGUGCCCCUGGGCGCGCCUCUCCGUGUACCGCGUCCCGAGGUGCCUCCGCGACGGCGACGAGCGCGCCUACACGCCGCAGGCGGUGUCCAUCGGCCCGCUCCACCACGGCCGGCGCCGCCUGCGCGAGAUGGACCGCCACAAGUGGCGCGCGCUGCACCACGUGCUCAAGCGCGCGGGCCACGACGUGACGGCGUACCUCGGCGCCGUGCGCGCGCUGGAGGACCGGGUGCGCGCCUGCUACGAGGGCCGCGCCGCCAGGAUGGGGAGCAAUGAGCUCGCCGAGUGCCUCGUCCUGGACGGGACCUUCGUGCUGGAGCUCUUCCGCGGCGCGCUGGACGGCGGGAAGGGGUUCGUCGACGACCUGGGCUACUCGCGGCACGACCCCAUCUUCGCCAUGAGCGGCGCGAUGCACGCCGUGCGCAACGACAUGAUCCUGCUCGAGAACCAGAUCCCGCUCUUCGUGCUGGACCUCCUGCUCGGGAUCCAGCUCGGCCACCCGGAGCAGACGGGCGCCGUCGCCAGCCUCGCCGUGCGCUUCUUCGACCCGCUCAUGCCCACCGACGCGCCGCUGCUCCGCAAGGACCGGUCCAAGCUGGAGUUGUCCAUCGGCGCCGCCGAGGCCGCGGCGGCGUUCGACCCGCUGUCCGACCCCAUGCUCCACUGCCUCGACGUGUUCCGGCGCAGCCUCCUGCGCGCCGGGCUGCAGCCCAUGCCGCCUCCCCCCGCGCGGCUCUGGCUCAAGAAGUGGUCCGGGCUGCGCCGCGUGGCCGACAAGCGGCGGCAGCAGUUCGUGCACUGCGUGUCGGAGCUCCGGGAGGCCGGCAUCCGGUGCCGGCGGCACAACACGGACCGGUUCUGGGACAUCAAGUUCGACGACGGCGUGCUCCAGAUCCCGCGCAUCCUCAUCUACGACGGCACCAAGUCGCUGUUCCUGAACCUGAUCGCGUUCGAGCAGUGCCACAUGGACAUCGCCACCCCGGGCGGCAACAACAUCACCUCCUACGCCAUCUUCAUGGACAACCUCAUCAACUCGGCGGAGGACGUCAAGUACCUGCACGACCGCGGCAUCAUCGAGCACUGGCUCGGCAGCGACGCCGAGGUGGCCGACCUCUUCAACCGCCUCUGCGACGAGGUGGUGUUCGACAUCAACGACAGCUACCUCUCCGGGCUGUCGGACCAGGUGAACAGGUACUACGAGCACAAGUGGAGCACGUGGGUGGCCAGCCUGAAGCACAACUACUUCAGCAAUCCGUGGGCGAUCGUCUCCGUCGUCGCCGCCGUGUUCCUGCUCCUGCUCACCACCAUGCAGACCUUCUACAGCGCCUACAGCUACUACAGCCCGCCCCAUUGAUCGCCGGGCCGGGUCCUUUCGAAACUGGCCCAAAAUCAUCUUUUCCGUACUGGCGCCCCGCAAUCUUUGAAUUGCUAGUUUACUGAUUCGGUCGAGUGAGGCGAAGUAACAGAUUCCUUGCCUUUUGAAUUGUGUCUUGGUUUUGGUUAUUUAUCAAGGAAGAUUUCUUCCAUUUGAGUUGUGGAGGGGCAUUUGACCAGCAAUUUUUUUUGUCAGUACAUAAUGAUCUUGUAUUACUGCGUAUGUAAACGGAUUUGGAUAAGGACAAAUAACACAUAUCAUUGAUGGCUUGAAUGUUUCA